UCAUGUGAAUCCUGAAAUAAGGUCAACAUAUUAAACAUAUCAAGAAUACGUGUUUAUAUUAAUAAACAUAUCUAUGAAUACAACACACAUAUCUUCUACAAAUAAAAAAAUGCUAAGGAUAUUAUACAGUGGAUAAACAUAAUUUAAACAAGUGCACACUUUACUACAUAUCAAUACCACUGAGGACAUAUCAUCAAACCCAUCGAGUGACACCAAUAGUACCAAAUCAGUACCUAUGCAUGUACAUAUGUACAUAUUGUAUGUAUAUUCAGGAAAUCGAGAAACGUAAACGUUCCAGUCAAAGUCCAGCUGAGCUGUCACGCCAAGUGCGCGAAUCACGUAGUGUGGGACACACACAGCAAACCCUCUCUCCCACCGGAGCCCCACCCAUAUUGCAUUGCACUUUACAAACUACCGCAAACUACCGUGACUAGCCGGCUUUAUCGAGUCCGCGAAACAAGUUAGUCAAUUCGAAUAAUGCGCAUACGAUAAGAUCGAUGCUACCAAAAAACUGUAUGUCCCUCCAUGAUAUUCCCAAACGAAAAGAAGAAAGAACUAUGGCGUUAUGCGUCAAAAAACAAUCCAGGUGCGAGCGAUGGGGUGCCAGGACCCACACAGCCACCACAGCCGCCGCCCCCUCCACAUCGACACCGCCUUCAGAUGCCGCGGGCUACCUCGUUUGGCUGCAGAAACUCCUAUUGCGAGGAAACUUCCUUACCGAUGCGUCAAACUCCCCCGCCACCAUACAAUGCGAUUCCUUACGCCACAGACUGUUGCGGCCCUUACUGCCAGAACAACAACGGCAUCCCCAACUCAAACGCCAACAACUGCCGCCUCCCCCGCCCACCACUAAACUACACACAACAGCUAGUACCACGUGGCAUCACGGGUACGUUGGGAUCACCAUCACCCGCGUCCAGUGCCACAGAAGACUCGGACUUCAGCUAUACCAAACCUGGGUGCAGCUGCGUAAGCUCUGGCGACGAUAUGUUCAUCGACGAAAACGAUCAAAUGCACCACCAGACCUCAAAGUCUCCCCCUUCUAUGGCAACAGUGAGUGCGACGACGUUUCGUACGACUGCAGCAAACAUGUUUCGCAACUGCUGUGGCGCCGGCGGUCACGCAGCGGAGGCCAGCAGCGGCUCGACUUGCUGGAGCCGAGACCACACAAUUCCGUUCACGAAACAAUCGCACCCCCAACUGACGAACAUUUCCUGGACGACGGGAUCCACGCAAGCUCCCGAGACGCCAAAUCGAAAAGAUUUCGAUGCCCUGAUGAAGCUGCUCAAGCAGAAGCAACAGUCCGAACUUUUGCGUGCCGUCAAAAGCCGCGUGGAUCAUCCCUCAAAAAAGUCAAACAUCGACGCCGUAAUUGCCAACCCGCCAACCUUCUUGCAGUGCAUUCUGAUCAAGUGCACUACCUCGCCAGCCGACAAGGAGCAGCACUUGACCGCGUGUCGACUGUUCUUUUGGCCCAGCCUCAGGAGCGGCGUGGAGCUAAAACGCCUGCCCGCCUGUCCCAGCGCACGAGACUGCGUGUACAUAUGUUGCAACCCACUGCAUUGGUACCGCAUAAUAAACAUCAGCGAUACAGACUCUUCAGUUCCGCCAUACCACCGUUCAAAAAUGCUGCGACUGAAAGAUGCAGAUUCCGAAGAAGAAGACUCCCAAAACGACAGAAAGUCAGCACCGACCACGUGGAGCCUGCAAAGCAACAGCUUUUCGAGCAGCACCUUCAAGCAAGCGGAAUCGCAGUUUCUUGGCCCCAGUCUAGAGUCGUUUACCACUGAAGGAAAAGGUGACACAGUCAACACUAGGGGUUGGUGCCAAAUUGCUUAUUGGGAGCUUUCUCAUCGAGUUGGAGAGUUCUUUCACGCCAGAAAGACAACUGUUAAUAUCUACACAGAUGGGAUUGUGGACAGUGGUGGAGAUAGCAUGUGCCUCCGAGAACUAACCUCAGUGGGCAGGGGACCUCACUCUGACGCUGUCCAAAAUACACGUCAAAAAGUCGGGCUAGGAGUUACUUUGAGCCUUGAAAGCGGCGAUGUUUGGAUUUACAAUCGAGGCAACGUGCCAAUAUUUGUGGACUCUCCAACACUAGCCGAACAUUUGGACCGUGUCUGUAAAGUAAUGCCUGGUUACUGUCUGAAGGCCUUCGAAACUACCAGGGCUCAACUGUUGCUCACAAAACGGUCUCAAAAUCAUCCAUUGGGACCCAUCGACCGAUUUAGCAUGAAAAUAAGCUUUGUCAAGGGCUGGGGUCAUACAUACAAACGGCAGGAUAUCAUGGGCUGCCCCUGCUGGCUGGAAGUGCACUUCAGCCACCUGCGGUGACAGUACUUGCUGCUGGCCCUUACGACAGUAUUUUCACCAGCAGCGCCCUAUUUGGCCGAACCUCUUUGUCCUGACCAACAGUGUUUUUGGCGGAGUGAAGGAGACUUGCAACGCUCGCGCCAACUGCUGCGCAAGGUGCAAAAGUUGUUGACCACGUUAUGUGGUAAAAUUUGGCUGGUUACAGAUACAGAUGCAACCACGGGAAUGAAGAGCUUGAAGCUGCGAAUACCGAGCUGCCGAUAAGCCAUCAAACAACCAAUCAUUUGGAACCACAAAGGACUGCAAAGAAAUCAUUUAAAAUGUUUACAUGAAUAGCUUCUUAAAAUGUUUCAAUUAACUGGAAGUAGGCACAUCGAAAUUAAGCUAUAAAACAUUAGAUUCGCAUUAAGGGAGGAGUCUAUGAGUGGGGGAGCUUGAAUUUAAGUAAAUAUAUGGUAAUGAUUGUUAAACAUGUAUACAUAGGUAAAAUUUAAAUACUGUGAUUCACUCUAAAUAUACACACAUAGUGCAUAUGUACAUAUGUACCGACGCAUAGGUCUAUGCGAGUAGGUCUGACAAACAUAUAUUAAAUAUUUAAAUUAUUUAGACAUAUGCAAACACAUUGCGCCAAUUCAGUUUAACUAGAAACGAAUAUGGAACCUUGUUGAACGCUCCUACCCCUAUUAAUUGAGGUAAAACAUUAUUAAAAUUAAACAAUUUUAAGAGAACUGCAUGUACAUACAAACAUAUAUACAUACAUAUGUACAUAGAUACACAUUAGUUUCCAUUCUAAAUUCUGGCGUCCACGGAUAGAAUUUUUUCGGAGCUAGCCAACGUCAUGUUCAAACAUUUUUAUAUUUUAUGUUGAUAUUUUGACGAUUUUUCAUUUUGAUUUACCGAUAGUAGUAGACAUCUCUUCCCUUCAAAAUCUGACCUCGGCAUGCUGAUUUUUACAUACCUCCAUAUAGUUCGACGAUCAGUAAAAAUACCCUUUAGGCUGGCAAAUACAAACGUUUGGUUGGUUUCUUUAUAAAUAAAUGUUUGACCAAUUCUUCCUGUGGAAGCUUUAUAUAGUGACAAGAUCCGACCAAUUUCAUAAUACCCUUAAACAAACACCAUAUGAAAAUUGUCUAGCUGUCAGUUUGGGGAUUUUAUCUAAAGUCUAUUCGUGUUUAAAUGUCGCCCGUUUCAGUUGCAUUUCUAGAUCCAAGAAAUGUAAAUAUGAGCAUUGGGUGUGGCAUUACAAAUCCGUGCGCUGGAAUUAGUAUUGUAUCCAUGUACAUGUAACAAACCGUGUGGCAGCCUGCAUUAAUGGGCUAAGAUUAAUUCAAACCCGAUAACAACUUUGUUUAAACUUCUCAGUGUUGAAUAACAGGAGACUUCAGAGGAAUGGGCUUAAAUUAAAUGGUAUAUAAUUUAAGACACGAGUCCAACAAAGUGUAAAAUAAUAAAUUAAGUUAAAUAACUGAGCUGAUUUGUCCAGUCUUUUAAAUUUCAAUGAGACAGAUGUACCAUCGUAGCUUAAAUAUGAUCAAAUAUAUAAUCACUGCAGUUAUACUGUUAAGUUUCAACAUAUUUAAAUGCAAUUUCAAUAUAUUUACAAAA